UUUACAUAAAUAUGGAUGUACCAGUAAUUAAUUUCAUUUAAUUUUAGUAAUUUCCUGUAUUAUGAAUUUAUAGUAAGUAAAUUGUGAUAUACUGUGAUUGUAAAUCGUAAUUAAUUGAAUUUUUUUUUUUACAAGUUUCAGCAAAUUUCUGGACAACAACUUUUCCUCCAUUUUCAGGUUUUCAUUUUGCCUUGUAUUUGUUGAUGCUAAGACAUGUCUUUCAGUCCUGACAAUACCAUACAUUUUAAGUUUCCUUGAAAAACAUCUCAGAUUAUAUAUGUAACCCAGUUCCGUAAGGAAAAAUCCUGUCAUGGCUUGACACUGUGGGAAUGUCUCUGUGAAGCUUGUCUGAAAACACAUCAAUUAUAUUGAUGAACAUGGGGUCAAGUUACAUAGCAGCACGUGUCAGCAACACAAUAAAAGGGCUUCUAUGUUAAACAAUGCCCAGAUUCUAACUGUCCGAAGAACGACUUGGGUAUGCCUGACAUGACCACAAUAGUGUUGCAACAUAUGGUAGCCCUUCAGCUGUUGGAAAAAUUGUUUCAAAGCCAGAAACAUCACUUUCAUUUCCAGGCAGUUUAUCUGUCAUGAAAGAUGAGGGUAUCACCAAGCUGAAAUCAACCUACGACACAGGAGACUUUGCCAUCAGCUAUAUCCUUUCUGGAGAAGGAGCAGAAGAUAUCUUUAACAUUGAUGAGUUCAGUGGUGAAAUUCAUGUUCAUAAGAGCUUGGACAGGGAAAAGAAGGCAUUCUAUGUACUCCAUGCCGAAGCUGUUGACCGCAGAACUGGCCAGCCAGUGGAGCCUGAGUCAGAGUUCAUCAUCAAAGUCCAGGAUAUCAAUGACAAUAGUCCUCAUUUCAUAAAUGAACCCUACACUUCCAGUAUCCCUGAGAUGAGUCCAAUUGGGACUACAGUGUUUCAAGUGACAGCCAUAGAUGCAGAUGACCCCAUGUUUGGAAAUAAUGCCAAACUUAUCUAUUCCAUUCUGCAAGGAGAGCCCUAUUUCUCAGUGGAGCCAAAGACAGGCACCAUAGUUACAUCCUGGCCAAACAUUGAUAGAGAAGCAAGUGAGAAGUAUUUUGUUGUAAUUCAAGUGAAAGACAUGCUUGGAAAUACUGGAGGCUACAGUGCUACAACAACAGUGACCAUCACCCUAAUUGAUGUGAAUGACAAUGGGCCUACCUUUCAACAUAACCUGUACACGUUUGCCAUUCUGGAAUCAGCACCAGUUGGCACCGCAGUUGGUAGGGUCAUGGCAAAGGAUGCUGAUGUUGGCAUAAAUGCUAGGAUGAACUACACUUUAGAUGACCUGGAGGAAAGUGGCACUUUUAGGGUCCAGACAGACCCUGCCACAGAGGAGGGUAUAGUAAUACUGGCCAGAUCUUUAGAUUAUGAGCACAAGAGGCGCUUUGUGAUUGCCAUAGAGGCCAUAAAUUCGUUUGUGGACACGCGAUUCCUAAGCAUCAAUGAAUUUCGGGACAGGACAAUGCUCAAAAUUUUGGUGAUGGAUGUUGAUGAGCCACCUGUCUUUUCUGCACCUUUCUAUGAAUGGAAAGUUCUAGAGAAUGCAUUGGUUGGUACAUUGGUUGGCACAAUAUAUGCCAGAGAUGCAGAUGCUGCUAAUAACCCUAUCAGCUUUUCCAUAUCCAAUAACUUUGAGUUGGAGAAUGCCUUCAGGAUUGACACCAACAAUGGAACUGUGUUUCUGGUCACGCCUUUAGAUCGAGAGACUGUAGCAUGGCAAAAUAUUACUGUUAUUGCUAAAGAAACAAAUAAAAAUCAGCUAUCCUCAGUUUCUGUGGUCAUUCAAGUCCUAGAUGUCAAUGACAACAUACCCACUUUGUCUAGGGACUACAAGCCUUAUGUGUGUGAGGGAGCACAGGCAGGAGAAGUCAUCCAGGUUAUAAGUGCUGUGGAUGCAGAUGAUCCAGCAGAAGGUCAUCAUUUUUAUUUUUCCAUGGUGGCAGAUAAAAUCAUUAACCCAAACUUCACCAUCAGGGACAACCAAGACAACACAGCAGGCAUUUUGACCCGUCGUAGCACAUUUACACAUCAUGAUCAUAUACUUUAUCAGCUCCAUGUGGUCAUAACAGACAGUGGCUCUCCUGCUCUAUCCAGCACUGCCACUUUCACCAUCAGUGUUUGUGUAUGCCAGUUUAGAGGGCACUGCCAAUCUAGUGGAACGAAAGCACUGGCCAUUUCUAUGGGUUUCAACAUGCAGGCCCUUCUAGGCCUCUCAGUAUUCUUCAUCAUAGUAAUAGUGCUUGCGUUACUAAUCGUAGCUGUGUGGAGACACCGGACAGUACAACAGCAGAAACCUGUCAUGGAGGAGCUUGACACAGAGGGGUACUCAAGGAAAAUCAUACAUUAUGAAGAGAGUGAAGGUAUUCCAGAUGUACAUAACCAGAUUCCACUAAGAACACAUACACCCUGCCGCAAGAACACAUUUUGUAGAGAGGAACUGGUACCAAGUGUACAUCUGUCUCUAUGUCACUCUCACCUUAUUGAUCCAGAAGAUGAAGUCUUCCGCCUGUUUAUGAUAGAUCGGCUGGCUGAGGCUGACCAAGAUACCUGCGUCCCUCCCUAUGACUGCUUGCACUAUUAUGUCUUUGAGGGUACUGGAUCACUUGCAGGCUCCCUUAGUUCAUUGGAAUCCUCAAACUUUGACCCUUAUUUAUAUCAACCAUUUUUAAGACUGUCUCGCUGGCAAGGUGCUAGUGAUUAUGAUACAUCAUUCUGAACUGAAUGGUGUUGGAUUUACUUAAAAUAUACAGGCAACAUUUUUGCAUCAGACUUUUUAAGUAAAUUCAACUUGAGGCAAUAUUAUGUCAAAUUAACAAGAAAAGCUUUAUGUGUUUUCUUAAGUAUGCAUGUUCGCUCAACAUUCUUAAUUCAAAAAAUAUCUAACAUCCACUGGAUUUUCUGGGUAACUUCAAGUUGUGUCAACUUAAUAUUUAAGAUCUUUAUAUAUCUAUAUAUAAAAAAAUAUAAUUCAUUGUAAUGAAUCAACAUACAGGGGGCGCGGUGGCUUAGUGGUUAGCAUGUUCGCCUCACACCUCCAGGGUUGGGGUUCGGUGGGCUCCACCUUGUGUGUGUGGAGUUUGCAUGUUCUCCCCGUGCGUCGGGGGUUUCCUCCGGGUACUCCGGUUUCCUCCCCCGGUCCAAAGACAUGCAUGGUAGGUUGAUUGGCAUCUCUGGAAAAUUGUCCAUAGUCCAUAGAUUGCGUGAGUGAAUGAGUGUGUGUGUGCCCUGCAAUGGGUUGGCACUCCGUCCAGGGUGUAUCCUGCCUUGAUGCCCGAUGACGCCUGAGAUAGGCACAGGCUCCCCGUGACCCGAGGUAGUUCGGAUAAGCGGUAGAAGAUGAAUGAAUGAAUCAAUCAAUCAAUCAACAUACAAUUUUAAUUUAUAUUAGAUCCAGAUCUAUUGAAUAAACAUGUUCUGCCUACUGGUCUGCACUAUACCAGAACAUUUAGUGUCUUAAAAUAAACAUAAUAUACAGUACAAGCACAUAAUAAAGCAUUUAUUUUUGUGCAGAAUAAAUUAAGGAACAACUAGAAACAAUAUGUCACUUCAUUUACAGUUUUUCAAACAUUAAAAAAAAAUUAAGCAUUUUGUCAUUUGUUUUGUUUUUGUAAAAGAUUUCUAGACUUCUCUGUAAAAUAAAAAAGCCUGAAAACUAGAAAUCAUGAAUAUAAUACUGCUGAAAGGUAUGUGACAAAGUUGACAAAAGGAAGUUCACAAGAAUUUUGAAACUCUUCAUGAAAAAUGUCUCCAACAUUUAGUUUUGGAACAUGCAACAAAUUUCCUAAUUUCCUUUUCACAAAAGAGAGUGGAGACUAACAAUGUAGUUGAGUAUGACUGUAUAUUUGUUCAAAAGUAAUAGUCAUACAGGUAACAAUGAAAUAUUUAUUUCAAUGAAGAAUCCUGUCUUCAGAGAAUGAAUCAUUGGAGAAAGUUUGCUACUGUAUUGCUCAAGUAAAAUCUUUUGAAAAUCAUCAAAUGUAUAACUGAGGGUGAAUAAAAUGAAUUGCAACACCUACCAACCCUCUCAGCACCUCUAUCCCAGUCUCUACAGGACCAUCCAUUGAGCCAACUUUCACGAUAAUUCAAUUAAUUCAUUUCAGUUACAUUUUAUUUGUAU